CUGACAUGGAGGAUGAAGAUGGGACUUGUCUACUUGAUGUUUUAUGUGACCCCCAAGCCCUGAACGACUUCCUUCAUGGGACCAAUGAGCUGCACACAGAUCUGCUCAUUAACGUCUCCUCUGGGGAGCCCUCCCUCUUCACAGAUGCCCCGGUGAGUG